UCUUUGUGGUGUGAGAAUAAAUACACAUUGUCUUUGAAUCACGCAGUUGGAUUCCCGCGCACUGUGAACCAGUCUGAUGGCCAUCGCUACUGGGGCUGCACAAUGUGAUCGUCUCUUCGAAAAAUGGAUGAAAGCUAUUGCCGAUCACGAGACAGCACUUAUGCAAGGUGCAGAAAACCAGGUUUUCAGGUUUAACCUGUGGACUGCGAAUAACUUCAUCUACGCUCCAACGCGGGCCUCGAUGGACUGGAGGCUGCGGAAUGCACCUUUUCUAGAGUCGGUCUUGAUAGAUUUGCUGGAUGACCUGAAGAGCAACCUCAUCAAACAGUCUUCUUUUUCCAAAAUCACAAUGGUAUCGGCGGAUGAAGAAUUUGCCUCUUUUCCAGAUGUUAUUAGCGAGAUCCUGGAUGGUAUUUUCCGCUUUUCUCGUGCGGUACGUCGGUCAGGAAUCCUUCGCAGAUUUGUUAAGCUGGCUAGUUAUGUCGAAUAUGAUGAGAAUGGAGUAAAUCUCACAGAAGGGUUUAGGAAAGGUGCAGAGAGGAUUAUUGAUUUCCGAUUAAAGGACUCAAGGGCGAGUAACAGCCUGAAGAGUCGCAUUGUUGAUAGCAUCUGCUUGCGCCAACAACAUUUUUCUUACUUGAGAGCCCGGAAAGCGAAGAACACACCAAUAAAUAACAAUACUAACAAACAAUCACCAGCACCAAAGUCAACUCUAAGUGCCACAUUCACCGUCACAGGCUCGGUUUCUCCAAGCAAACCAAACAAACGUCCAAGAAAAUCGCCCCGUGAUCCGCGAAUGAAUUUAUCUCUUUUGACAGCAACCACAGUUGAACCUGACCGAAUGCCCAAAGCAUACUCUAUAAAAUCUGCAGAGAACUCGGAAGGUGAUGAUGUGAAAUAUGAUGAUUUGGAUAUUCCAGCACCACCAAAGGCACCAGAUCAUCUCAAUGAAUUUGAGUGUCCAUAUUGCUUCCUAGUGUGUUCAGUGGGAGAGUUAACUGGAGAGAGAUGGAAGCGGCAUAUUAUCGAAGAUCUGAUGCCGUAUGUUUGUGUACUGGAACCGUGUCCCACACCGAAUACGUUGUUUGAGUCCGGAAAGGAUUGGAUUAACCACAUGAAGAGUCAGCAUAUUGUGAACUGGUGGACAUGUAUGGACCGUGAUCAUAGUUCCACUCCCUACUUUGAUACCGAGAUUGGAUUCAAAGAGCACAUGUAUGAGCAUCAUGCAGAGCAAUUUGAACCUGCAUAUCUCGAGGACAUAGCUGCAGCAUGCUAUCAACAACUACCAGAGGUUAACAUGAUUGCUGAAUGUCCUUUUUGUUCUGAAGAACAGAGUAUGGAUAUACCUAGAUGGGAGAUGAUAAGUCAUGUCGCGGCACACCUUUUGUCGCUGGCGCAGAUAUCUCUUGCGGGGCAUAUCGAUGGAGAUGGAGGUGAAUCUGAGGGAAACGAGUCAGUAAAGACUUUGAGCAAUAACGAUUCGCAUUCGGGAAGCACUAGAUCCCUGGCCGGAAGCAUCUACUCUGAUAACGUUCCUGAAACUACAGAGGAAGAACACCGCCUUCAAGAUAACAUCCAGGGUGACACUAGCGUUCCAGAUAUAGAUCCACAGCAGUGCAGUGUUUUGUGGGACCAUAUUCAAAAGGGGGUAGAGAAUCCAAUGUUGGACCCGAAGCUUCAACCUUUUAUCGAUCGAAUAAACGCUCGAAUGAAAAUAGAAGGAGUGAACGUGGGGAUCUCACUCUCCGGUGACUCAUUAAUGAGUGAUUUUAAUCUCACCGGCCAGGGUCAUGAUUCUGCGAGUGAUCAGGAAAAGCAUAUCGAUAGUCCCAACCCUGGCGGGAGCCCUCAAAGGGUCGAACGCAGCCACCCGCAAGGCAUAAAUGAUCCUUUUGUCUUUCGUGAAACUAGCUUGUGGAACUAUUUCGACCCUGGCGAAGAGAUUCAUCCGAGGAGUCCCAGCGACCGUGCACACGUGAAAGAAUGGGAUAACAACCCUUUCCUCCAGGAUCAAUAGCAUUAAAACGUAGACCUUUUAACUGUUUUUGCGCAACGUUCACGCCUUCACAGCGCAUGCUGACGCCGCGACGACAGAAGGAGAAAGGGUUUCAUGGGCAUAUUAGUAGCUCACAAACCUGAGAAGGAAAGUAGAAUCAUUUAAAUACGGCUAUGUCUUGUUUCUUAGAGAAAACAAUCAUAUGAGUAAUGGGUUUAGCUACUAGUGGCUUUGAGUGAUUUGUUCUUUUCAGCGCGUUUUAAUACACGCGAUGAUUGCUGAGGAUACAGCAAUCAAUUGCUGGUCGCCGCUUAUUGCUGCAGCUUUCCAGGGCACAGCUAACCGCUCCUUAGAGCGGUUAGCCUGACGAUCUCUCCUGUGACUAUCCAUGUAUUUGGAUGAUCCGUCAAUUCAUCCGAGGCUGAAGCCGG